GCAACGUGCGCGCCCCCGCUGAGCAGCGACAAGAUGGCGGUCGCCGCCGGAUCAGGCGUUAAAGUUCCUCGCAAUUUCCGGCUCCUGGAAGAGCUGGAGGAAGGUCAGAAAGGCGUGGGAGACGGGACGGUGAGCUGGGGUCUGGAGGACGACGAGGACAUGACCUUAACCCGGUGGAGAGGAGUGAUCCUCGGCCCUCAGCGGACCAGCUUUGAAAACAGGAUGUACAAUCUGAAGGUUGAAUGUGGGCCGAGCUACCCAGAGGCCCCGCCGUUUGUCAAAUUCGUGACAAAGAUAAACUUGAAUGGCGUGCACACCUCCAGCGGUGUGGUUGACAUACAUGCGGUGACUGCACUAUCCAAGUGGCAGAACUCCUACAGCAUCCGGAUGGUGCUGCUGGAGCUGCGGCGGCUCAUGACCUGCAAGGAGAACAUGAAGCUUCCUCAGCCGCCCGAGGGCCAGAUCUACACCAACUGAGCCCCUUUCCACGUCUGGCUCCAUCUUUUUCUCCUCUUCUUCUUCUCCUCCGCGCUCCCACUCAACUCUUAUAAUUUGCUUUCAUCCCUUGUAUCCCCCACCAUCAUCCGCCAUGUGACAUUCCACCUCCUGCCGAUAUCUUGGCUGAGCAUGUACACACACACGCAGAAACAAAGAAAAGCAUACACACACACACACACACACAGAGAAACAAAGAAAAGCAUACACACACACACACACCCACACACACGCACUCAUAUAUUAGAGCAUUCAUGAAAAAUUCAUUCCAGGCCCCACCCCCCCUCCCUCCCCCAUCACUGGAGCUCUGGGCGGACUCGAUGUGACGAGGCAGGUGGAGUCCACACCAGAUGUGAUCAUUCGAAUACUGUACAUCUUACUAAUCUUCUUUUUAUUAUUAUUUGUUAAAAAUACUGCAGAUUGUACAAUAACAUAAAUAAUCUUAUUGAGUGUA